AUGUCUGAAGCGGAAGACUGGUCUAUGACCGAGUCCUACGCACAAUUGAAGGUCUCGCUACUAAUUGCCCUACUUGUUCUAGCUUGCAGUGCUUCCGUCGUUAUCGUGAACAGAAAAGGCUCACUGGGCGCGUCAGCGAGUCCAUCCAAAGACUCUUUCAUUAUCCCUUACUGGCUCCCUUAUUUCGGUCAUUUCUUCCACCUCUGGUAUAACUGGCAAGGCUUUUUCCGUCGGGCUAAGAUGACUUCAGCCGUCCAGAGCCUUGUCACUAUCCAGGUACUUGGACAAAGGUGUGCUAUUAUUCUCAAGCCAGACCUUAGCAAAAAAGUAUUCGAGCGACAAGCGUCAUCCCUCAAUCAGAACACUCUCCAUUGGCAUAUGCUAGCCAAUGUGUACGGUGCUGACGCGAAACUUUGGGAAUCUUUCAUGAAAGUUAACCAGGCGCCUUCUUACUACGGAAAUGAAGAACUCGCCUCCGAUCUCACGUUACGCAUCAACGCCUCUUUAGAAAGCCACCUGCCAGAUCUGGUCUCGUUUAGUGAAAGCGCCAUUGACCAGUAUGAGUGGGAACGCUUGGCGAAUGCAACCCUCACGGAGCAGACAUAUGGCAUGAGGUUACGUCCCGCUGUUGAGAUUGAUCUUUUGGCAUUACUGAGGAGCUUCACUGGAGCUAUUCAUCUAACGUCAUUGGUUGGGAGUGAUUUCUCAGACACAUGUCCUUCUGCGUUGAAGGACAUUUCGGAUUUUGAGCACGGAUGGAAAUAUCUGCUCAUUCGUGUAUCACCUUGGCUUCCCAUUCCGCCUCUGACUAAGGCAUAUAUUGCGCGGAGAACGCUCACAAAAGUCAUAAGCUCUUUCUAUGAUGCUCUCCAUGCCGAAGCCAGCAGUGAGCCACUGCCGAGUCAGUGGCGAGAUCUCAGUGAUGUUAGUCCCGUUGUGAAAGCGAGAAGUGCCUUUUGGCGUAACCAAGGGGUGCCAAAAUCUCUGCGUGUUGCCGCUGAUCUAGAAUUCAUAUGGGAGUAG